GCGUUGUCGCAAUCCGCCUUCCAUCUUUCCUCUCAGUUCCUCUCAGUCCAUUCCCACAUCGCACUCCAAUUUUGGUUACCUAUGCUCUCGCCGAUAUACUUGCUCCUAUGAAAAUUCGCAAACCCGACGUCGUCCGAGCAAGCCAAUCGCGUCCGCCAUCGAUGACGAUUCCGUCUCGGUCCAAAAUUUUCAAAUCCAAACCAAUAGGCAAAGGGUUAGAUGGCUUUCGUGAUACUCAUGCUCUGAGUUGGAAAGAUGAAGGCAACUGGGAUGUGGACAAUGAAGGGCUAAACAAAUACCCUCGUCGAUCUGAUGCUUGCCUUGCAAAGUCUCCCCGCCUCUCGAUCGCUACCCUCAAAGCGCGGUAAUCCAGCCCUAUUCAAUGAUCUGUUGUCACUGAAUUCAGCGAUUUUCUCUGGCAAUUUCGACACUGCACGGAUCAGGCCUUUGUUGGAUGCGGUCCUCAACAAGGAGCCCGAUGAAGUCAUCUGGGAUGCUGUCUACGACGCUGUCACCGAAUCGACCCCUCCGCCCCGUCCCGCCUCAUCCAUCCAACAAACGCCAUGGCUGCACAACACGGGCAGCUUCGCGAACUCCACCGAACACCGCAAAUAUGUGGAUGGCGUGCUGAGGGAGGAAUUGGGACAGCUGUAUGUCGAGGUCCCUGGUUUCUUCGAAGCCUACUUCGGAAGCGUCCCAGGUCUCGAGCUGGUAGCGCAGGCCGUGUUCGACAAGUGCAAAGAAGGGGAUAAUCCGCUCUACCGAGAGGAGAGUGGCUGCCAAGGCCGCAACGGUUCGCUUAUGUAAGCCUCCCAACCUCAAGAUGAAGG